AAAACUAUUUUUUCAUAAUUUUAACUUCCACUAGUGAAAAUUAUCAAUCUUUGUAUUGAUGAUCAAUUUGAAUUGGUUGGUUAUUUCAUAUGGCAAAUGACAUGCAAAAAAGAAGACGCUCUUAAACCUAUUGUCAAAUGUAACAGUUUAACGUAUUUUUAAAUUUUGUACCGAACAAUGUUUCAAAUAUCAAUAUAAUGUUUGUAGAACUUUUAUACAUAAUCAGCCUAACGAAGACAUUUAUAUAUUAUGGUCUUUACUAUAGUUUUAAAGUAGGGCAAGGCCUAGUAUAUGCGGUCACUGUUAUAUUAACUAAUGUGUUAUCUCUCUUAAAACAUUUGACUGAAAUCUUAUCAAUUGUAAUAGAGUCAUUCGCAAUAUUCUAUGGAGAUAUCAUUCAAUGUUUACUGGAAUUUCUAGAAGCUCUGGGACAAUUGUUGGAAGUGUUGGGCUCAACUUCGUCAAGUGUAAUAUCAAGUACCUAUAAUUUUAUUCAUAAAAUAAGUUACAUCUGCUAUCAAAUAUACAUACUGUUGAAAGACUCCCUACUAAGUGUUUAUGAGUUACUAAUUACGACAUGCAAAUUUAUAAAACAUUUAAUAGUUUUGUUUGGUGCUGGAGUUUGGUUUGCAAUCACAUUAAUUCCAUUAUCAUUAGUAAACAUGCUGCAUUUAUUUACACGGCUUAUAAAUACUGUGUUGAUGACUAUAUUUGAUAAAACAAUAGAAUAUAUAAAAGAUUUACGAGACUGCAUGAAGAACAUUUAUAUUUUUGUAACAGAUGUUCCAGUUGAGUCUGUGAUUGGAUUAAUUAUAGCUAUAUGCUUAAUAUAUAUCAUGACCCAAUUUUAUAUGACUUUGUACCAAAGCGCUAGGCAAAUUUUUAUCAAUGUUUUCAAUAAUGCUGGAAGACAAUCAAGAAAUAUAAGAAGAAAUGAAAGAAUAUUUCACAAUAGAAGUAACAGAAUCUUGAAUCGUAUGGGAAACGAAAGUUCAUCGAAUAAUAUAAGGAAUGAAAGUGCACAGUUAAAUAGGUACAGAAGACCACAAAUAAGAAGAAAUUAUGAAUCCGAAUCCACUCCAACUGAAACCAAAACUGAUAUUUUAGAAGAACAAUAUUGUGUUAUAUGCCAGGAACGUAUUAAAUGUAUUUUAGUACUGCCUUGUAAACAUAAAUGAUAUUGAAAGUACUAUGAAAAUAUUUGUAUGAAAACUGUUAUUGAAAGAUAAUAAAUUGCUUCAUCAAAUCUUUCACAUAAUAUUAGUCCAUAUAUAAUCAACACUUCCAGUCCAGUUAUUUGUAAGUAUGAAGUUUUUGAAAUAUAUGUUUAUUUUUUUUAAAUUGUAAUGAGCUAAUAUUUCAGUCUAGCAACUUAUUUUUGUUCAAAACUCCAAUAUUGUUUAUAUAAAUCUAUCAAAUUGAUCCCACAGCUGUUUUAGUCUAAGUCUGUUAGUUUUAGCUGCAGGGUAACAACGUAACUGCAGGGAGCGAUCGGAGGUUGAAAAAAAAGCGGCCAUCGUAGUUACCAAUAUAUUUUCAAAAAAUGGUCGCGAUUUUGAAAAGCAUUGUAGUACUUAUUCAAACCAAAUUUUGUUUUGUUUUUCUAUAAUUAUAGUCGACAUCUGUUGAACUGGAAUCUUUAUAGUUAAAGACUUGAUGCAGCUAUUUGGUAUCACAUGUUAUAUUAAAAAAAUAAUAUUUUCAUGCUAAACUGACUAUGUAAAUCUAUCAAGAUUUUUAUUUUGAAUAAACAUUUAUUAUA